GUUGGACCGGGAAACAAUAGAGGGAGACGAGGCCCCGGGAACAGCGACAUCGAGAGAAAGCAGCGGAAGGGGGGGGGUGGAGGGGGAGGCAGCGCGCGAGGAGUGACGCCGCAGCGCGCCGCAGCACCGCAUUCUCUCCCCGGCUCUCCCGCUCCCCUCGCGCCCGCGGAUUGUACUCGACCCGCUGGCCGGAAUGAACCCCGCGGAAGCGGCCGAGGAGGCGCCCGGCGACCCGGACACGGACGCCUUCUUCAAAGCAGGGUCGCUGAGGACCGAAGGCAUCAAGGCCUCUGAUGUUCUCCCCGUGUUGAAGGAGAAAGUGGCCUUCGUGUCAGGUGGGCGGGACAAAAGAGGCGGCCCCAUCCUGACGUUUCCUGCCCGGAGUAACCACGACCGAAUAAAGCAGGAGGACCUGAGGAGGCUGGUGACGUACCUCUCUACCGUCCCCAGCGAGGACGUCUGCAAGCGGGGUUUCACCGUCAUCAUCGACAUGCGCGGCUCCAAGUGGGAGCUGAUCAAGCCGCUGCUGAAGACGCUGCAGGAGUUCUUCCCGGCGGAGAUCUGCGUGGCGCUCAUCAUCAAACCGGACAACUUCUGGCAGAAACAGAAGACCAACUUCGGCAGCGCCAAGUUCUCCUUUGAGACCAGCAUGGUGUCCGUUGAAGGUCUGGCCAAACUGGUGGACCCCUCCCAGCUGACGGAGGACUUCGAAGGCUCUCUGGACUACAACCACGAGGAGUGGAUGGAGCUCAGGGUCUCUCUGGAGGAGUUCAUGUCCAACGCCGUUCACCUGCUGUCCAGACUGGAAGACCUGCAGGAGCUUCAGUCCAAGAAGGAGUUUCCGACGGACGUGGAGGGAUCUCGUCGGCUGAUAGACGAGCACACGCAGCUGAAGAAAAAGGUGCUGAAGGCCCCGGUGGAGGAGUUGGACCGGGAGGGCCAGAGGCUGCUGCAGUGCAUCCGAUCUAGUGAUGGUUUUUCAGGGAGGAACUGCAUCUCAGGCUCUGCUGACUUCCAGAGCUUGGUGCCCAAGGUGGCCAGUCUGCUGGAUAAGCUUCACUCCACCAGGCAGCAUCUCCAUCAGAUGUGGCACGUCAGGAAGCUGAAGUUGGACCAGUGCUUCCAGCUGCGUCUGUUCGAACAGGACGCCGAGAAGAUGUUCGACUGGAUCCGUCACAACAAGGAGGUGUUCCUGCAGAGCCACACGGAGAUCGGCCGAGCGUACCAGCACGCCGUGGAGCUGCAGACUCAGCACAACCACUUUGCCAUGAACUCCAUGGUAGCUACUAAUGCCUACGUGAACAUCAACAGAAUCAUGUCGGUGGCGAGCCGCCUGGCGGAGGCCGGCCACUACGCCUCCACGCAGAUAAAACAGAUCUCCACUCAGCUGGACCUGGACUGGAAAGGUUUCGCCGCCGCGCUGGACGAGCGCUCCACCAUCCUCGCCAUGUCGUCCGUCUUUCACCAGAAGGCCGAGCAGUUCCUGUCGGAGGUGGAGGCCUGGUGCAAAGUCUGCAAUGAGGGGGGGCUGCCGUCCGAGAUGCAGGAGCUGGAGAUCGCCAUCCACCGCCACCAGAGCCUGUACGAGCAGGUCACGCAGGCUUACACCGAGGUCAGCCAGGACGGUAAAGCCCUCCUGGACGUCCUGCAGAGGCCUCUGGGUCCCGGCAACUCCGAGUCGCUGACGGCCACGGCCAACUACUCCAAAGCGGUUCACUGCAUCCUGGACGUGGUUCACGAGGUUCUCCACCAUCAGCGGCGUCUGGAGAACAUCUGGCAGCAUCGAAAGGUCCGACUGCACCAGAGGCUGCAGCUGUGUGUGUUCCAGCAGGAUGUGCAGCAGGUGAUGGACUGGAUAGAAAACCACGGCGAGGCUUUCCUCAGCAAACACACCGGGGUGGGCAAGUCCCUUCACCGCGCCCGCGCCCUGCAGAAGAGACACGACGACUUUGAGGACGUCGCUCAGAACACGUACACUAAUGCAGACAAGCUGUUGGAGGCCGCCGAGCAGCUGGCUCAGACGGGCGAGUGCGACCCCGAGGAGAUAUACAAGGCGGCCCGGCACCUGGAAGUCCGAAUCCAGGACUUUGUCCGCCGGGUGGAACACAGGAAGCUGCUGCUCGACAUGUCCGUGUCCUUCCACACACACACCAAGGAGCUGUGGUCGUGGAUGGAGGAGCUGCAGAAGCAGCUGUUGGACGAAGUGUGCUGCGACUCAGUGGACUCGGUGCAGACUCUGAUCCAGCAGUUCCAGCAGCAGCAGACGGCCACGCUGGAGGCAACGCUCAACGUGAUUAAAGAGGGAGAGGAAUUGAUACAGCAGCUCAGAGAUGCAGCCAUGUCGACCAAUAAGACACCUCACUGCAGUUCCAUCGCACACAUCCAGGGGGUGCUGCAGCAGCUGGACGAGGCCCAGGGCCAGAUGGAGGAACUCUUCCACGAACGCAAAAUCAAGCUGGACAUCUUCCUCCAGCUCCGCAUUUUCGAGCAGUACACCAUAGAGGUCACGGCGGAGUUGGACGCCUGGAACGAGGAUCUGUCUCGUCAGCUGAGCGACACCGGCCGAUCGGGCAGCGGCUCGGGCAGCGGCUCGGGCAGCGGCGGAGGCGGAGCCUCGUCGGCCGGCGCGGAGGACAUCGGCCUGGCAGAGCAGCGGCUGAAGCGCCACGCCGAGAGGAAGGCGGCCAUGAACAACAUGACCUACGAAGUGAUGCAGCAGGGUCAAGACCUGCACCAGUACAUCAUGGAGGUCCAGGCCUCAGGCAUCGAGCUGACGGGGGAGAAGGACAUGGACUUGGCCUCUCAGGUCCAGGAGCUGUUGGAGUUCCUCCACGAGAAGCAGCAGGAGGUGGAGCUCAACGCGCAGCUCACGCACGCGCGCCUGGAGCAGAUCCUGCAGCUGCGCCACCUGCAGGCCGAGGUCAAGCAGGUGUUGGGUUGGAUCCGUAACGGGGAGUCCAUGUUGAACGCCAGCAUGGUGAACGCCAGCUCUCUGUCUGAGGCCGAGCAGCUGCAGAGGGAGCAUGAGCAGUUCCAGAUGGCCAUAGAGUCUCUCUUCCAUGCCAACUCCCUCCAGAAGACCCAUCAGAGCGCCUUGCAGGUCCAGCAGAAGGCUGAGAUGAUGCUGCAGGCAGGCCACUACGAUCCGGAGGCGAUCCGAGGCUGCGCGGAGAAGGUGGCGGUUCACUGGCAGCAGCUGAUGCUGAAGAUGGAGGACCGGCUGAAGCUCGUCAACGCGUCGGUGGCCUUUUACAAGACGUCCGAACAGGUGUGCAGCGUGCUGGAGAGCCUGGAGCAGGAGUACCGCCGCGAUGAGGACUGGUGCGGCAGCCACGACAAAGUGGGAGCGUCGGCGGACUGCGAGCACCUCCUGCCUCUGAUCAGCAAACAUCUGGAGCAGAAAGAGGCUUUCCUCAAGGCGUGCACUCUGGCCCGGAGGAACGCAGAGGUCUUCCUGAAGUACAUCCACAGGAACAACGUGAGCAUGCCGGGAGCCGCCGGCCACACCAGAGGGCCCGAGCAGCAGGUCAAAGCCAUCCUCAACGAGCUGCUGCAGAGAGAGAACAGGGUCCUUCACUUCUGGACCUUAAAGAAACGGCGGCUGGACCAGUGUCAGCAGUACUUGGUGUUUGAACGCAGUGCCAAACAGGCGUUGGACUGGAUCCAAGAGACGGGUGAAGUUUACCUGGCCACACACACGUCCCCCGGUGAAAGCGGCGAGGAAACGCAGCAGCUCCUCAGCGACUACCGUCACUUCAGACUCACCGCCAAGCAAACCAAGGACAAGGUGAAGCUGCUGAUCCAGCUGGCGGACAACCUGGUGGAGAAAGGCCACGCCCACGUGUCGGAGCUGAAGCGCUGGGUCAGCGCGGUGGACCGCCGGUACCGGGACUUCUCGCUCCGCAUGGGCAAGUACCAGGAGAGCCUGGAGAGGAGCCUGGGCGUGAGCUCCGAGGACAACAAGGACCUGGAGCUGGACACCAUCCCGGCCAGCCUCACGGACGACGCCGAGGUCAAACUGCGUGACCCCAACCCCGAGGUCAACGAGGAGAAGAGGAAGUCCGCCCGGAAGAAAGAGUUCAUCAUGGCGGAGCUGCUGCAGACGGAGAAGACCUACGUCAGAGACCUCCAGGAGUGCCUCGAGACCUACCUGUGGGAGAUGAACAGCGGCGCGGAGGAGAUUCCUCCGGGCAUCGCCGGCAAGGAGCACGUCGUCUUCGGCAACAUGCAGGACAUCUGGGACUUCCACCACAACAUCUUCCUGAAGGAGCUGGUGAACUACGAGCAGCUACCAGAGGACGUUGGUCACUGCUUCGUCACCUGGGCUGAUAAGUUCCACAUUUACGUGGAUUACUGUAAGAACAAACCCGACUCCAGUCAGCUGAUCCUGGAGCACGCCGGCUCCUUCUUCGACGACGUUCAGCAGAGACGUGGACUCGCUAACUCCAUCUCGUCCUACCUCAUCAAACCAGUGCAGAGGAUCACCAAGUACCAGCUGCUGCUCAAGGAGUUGCUGUCCUGUUGUGAGGAGGGAAAAGGGGAGAUUAAGGACGGUUUGGAUGUGAUGCUCAGUGUUCCUAAGAGAGCAAACGACGCCAUGCAUCUGGCCAUGAUGGAGGGCUUUGAGGAAAACCUUGAGGUGCAAGGCGAGCUGAUCCUGCAGGACAGCUUCCAGGUUUGGGACCCGCGCUCGCUGAUCAGGAAGGGGCGGGACCGACACCUCUUCCUGUUCGAGUUCUCCCUGGUCUUCAGCAAGGAGAUCAAAGACUCAGCGGGCAGAACAAAGUACCAGUACAAGAACAAACUGCUGACGUCAGAGUUGGGGUUGACGGAGCACGUCGAGGGCGAUCCGUGUAAAUUUGCCCUGUGGGCCGGAAGAACCCCCUCCUCCGAUAACAAAACGGUGCUAAAGGCGCCGAACAUGGAGGCCAAACAGGAGUGGAUUAAAAACAUCAGGGAGGUGAUCCAGGAGAGGAUGACUCACCUGAAGGGGGCGCUGAAGGAGCCUCUUCACCUGCCCAAAGCACCGGCUCUGUCCAAACCCAGGAACAACGCCAAGAGGGACGGGGGGGAAGACGGAGACAGUCAGGGAGACGGAGGCAGCCAACCGGACACCAUCUCCAUCGCCUCCAGGACGUCCCAGAACACCGUGGACAGCGACAAGCUCUCUGGAGGAUGCGAGCUGACCGUGGUCCUUCAGGACUUCACAGCCGGAUGCAGCACAGAGAUGUCCGUCAGCACCGGCCAGACGGUGGAGCUGUUGGAGCGGCCGAGCGAGCGGCCCGGCUGGUGUCUGGUCCGGACCACCGAGCGCAGCCCGCCGCAGGAGGGCCUGGUCCCGAGCGCCGCCCUCUGCGUGUCCCACUCGCGCUCCAGCGUGGAGAUGGACUGCUUCUUCGGCUCGGGGAAAGAAAACUACACCGUCAGCGGCCCCGAUGGAAAGACGGAGUCCGUGACCAACCUCCAGCCGCAGCCGUCCCUCAACUCGCUGCAGUCCAGCUCUCCGGGCCCCAAGCGCUCCACGAACACUCUGAGGAAGUGGCUGACGAGUCCGGUGCGCCGCCUCAGCCACGGCAGCUCCGUCAAGAAGCUCCCCGGCAACAAACAGAAGAAGGGCGGAACAGGAAGAGAGGAAAGCAGGAAAAGUAUUGACCUCGGACAACCUGACCCGAACCAGCCGGAUGACAUCAUCGAUGAGGGGUCCCACGGUAAGGAGAGCAACCUCCUCUCUAGGACCCCCUCUGGGAUGCAGAGCGGUGGGGAGGAGGAGCAGGACGAGGAGGCCCACAACCCUCUGCCCCCCCCCAUGGAGAUCAUCAAGGACUCCUCGGCUCAGGACGACAAGUCUUCAUCCUUGCUAACGUCUCUGCAGUCGUCCUCUGAGGUGCCCAGCGCCGCAGAGCUGGUUAGCGCCAUAGAAAAACUGGUUAAAACCAAGAUGACUCUGGAGCCCGGAGCGUACCCCGGCUUCUCGCCUCUGUCCCCACCGGAACAAACCACCGCCGUCCAGCCCCGGAACCCUGAGCUGGAGCAGAGAGCCAAAGCCAUGAGAGGACGCAUGUUUGUCCUGAACGAGCUGAUUCAGACGGAGAAGGACUACGUCAAAGACCUGGGCAUCGUGGUGGAGUGCUUCAUGAAAAAGAUCGAGGAGAAGGGCGUCCCCGACGACAUGAAAGGGAAGGACAAAAUCGUCUUCGGGAACAUCCACCAGAUCUACGACUGGCACAGAGACUUCUUCGUCGGAGAGCUGGAGAAGUGCCUGGAGGACCACGAACACCUUCCUGAGCUCUUCAUCAAACACGAAAGGAGACUCCACAUGUACGUGAUUUAUUGUCAGAAUAAGCCGAAGUCAGAGUUCAUUGUUGCAGAAUACGACACCUUUUUUGAUGCAAUCCAGCAGGAAUCCCAGUCCAGGUUUACCAUCAGUGACUUCCUCAUCAAACCAAUCCAGAGAAUUACCAAGUACCAGCUAUUGCUGAAGGACUUCCUGAAGUACAGCUCUAAGGCCGGCAUCGACUGCGAACAAAUCGAGAAAGCGGUAGAUUUGAUGUCUCAGGUCCCUAAGCUGUGUAACGACAUGAUGAAUUUGGGCCGGCUGCAGGGAUACGAGGGCAAGCUGAUGUGUCAGGGAAAGCUGCUGCAGCAGGAGACCUUCUUUGUGAUUGAGCAGGACACCGGCGUCCUGUCGCGCUCCAAAGAACGCCGGGUCUUCCUCUUCGAGCAGAUCGUCAUCUUCAGCGAGCUGCUCAGGAAAGGAUCGUCCACGCCCGGGUACCAGUUCAAGAAGAGCAUCAAGGUGUGCUUCCUGGGUCUGGAGGAAAGCGUGGACAACGAUCCCUGUAAGUUCGUCUUGUCGUGUCGCGGCUCGUCUGAUCGCUUCACGCUGCAGGCCGCCAAUGUCGACAUCAAGCAGAUCUGGGUCCGACACAUCCAGGACGUGCUGGAUGCUCAGAGCAACUUCCUGUCUGCUCUCCAGUCCCCCAUUGAGUACCAGAAGGAGAAGGGCAGCAGCUCCUCGCUGAACAGAAACCGCUCGUUAUCGGGGAACCGACCGUCCGUGGGGCAUCACAGCCGCCCGUCGUCGGCGGUCGGGUUUGGUGAAAAGGAGGCGGAGCGAGGGAGGACCCCGAUUAGGGUGUCUACCUCGAACGGCGGGUCAACGUGCUUCGAGUCCAGGGACUUUGACGGCGGCUGCAACGGCGUCUCCUCCACCAUGUCGGUCUCCCGGGACUACUCGGCGCUCAAGGAGAACGAGAUCUGCGUCAGUCAGGGAGAGACGGUCCAGAUCCUGGCCACCAAUCAGCAGAACAUGUACCUGGUCUACCGGCCGGCCAACAGCCAGUCGCCGGCCGCGGAGGGCUGGGUGCCGGGACACAUCCUGGGCCCGCUCACAAAGCCCAUAAAAGACUCCGCUUCCACCUCCUCCUUCUCGGCGGCGGUGGCCGACGCCAACAACAUCAAGAAGUCUCUGUCAUGGAACACGCUGCGUGCCCGGAAGCGCGCCAAGGACGUCUCCUCGUUGGCGGUCAGAGGUCCGGAGAACGGCCUCCUCCGUAAGCCCAAAGAAGGCGGCGCCGCCGCCCCCCCUGUCGCCUCCCCGGCCACCAGGUCAAAGGGCAAAGACGCUCACACUUCAGACGAGUCCGACUGUGACGAUGACCUUGACCCAAACGCCGGCAUGCAGCUUCUCAACCCAAAUUUCAUCCAGGAAGUGGCACCAGAGUUCCUGGUCGUCCUGUCGGACGUGGUCUGCGCGUUCGGGGAGACCGUGGUCCUCUGCUGUAAAGUGUGCGGGCGGCCCAAACCCUCUGUCACCCUGAAGGGGCCCGACCAGAACCCGGUGACCAGCAACGCCCGCUUCACCAUCGACAUCGGGGAUACGGGCGACAUCUUGUUGAAAAUCUGUAACCUGAUGCCUCAGGACACCGGCAUCUACACCUGCGUUGCCGUUAACGACCACGGCUCUGCCUCCUCCUCCGCCUCCAUUAAAGUGCAAGGCAUCCCAGCAUCCCCUGGGAGGCCGGUGGCCCAGGAGGCCAGCAGCACCGCGGUGAUGAUCCACUGGCCGCCUCCGGCCUCCUCGGCUCACUGUGCCGUCAGCAGCUACACCGUUGAGUACAGACAGGAAGACUCGUUGCUAUGGCAACAGGUGGCCAGCAGCAGAGAGGAGUGCGUUCAGAUCGAUGCUCUGAUCCCCGGAGGUCACUAUCAGUUCAGAGUGCGAGCCUCCAACCGCUGGGGGGUCGGCCCGCCGUCCGAGCCCUCCAAUAUGAUCACUCUGCCCAGCAGCAACUCCGGGUACGAUGGAACUGGGAUCCAGUGGAAAGAAAACUUUGAGUCGACCUUCUCUGAGAUGUGUGAGAUUGGAAGGGGAAGAUUUUCUGUCGUGAGAAAAUGUCUCAACAAGUCUACAAAGAAAGAGGUUGCGGUCAAGUUUGUGAGCAAAAAGAUGCAGAAGAAGGAGCAGGUGGCGCACGAGGCGGACGUCCUCCGCCACGUGCAGCAUCACCAGCUGGUGGCGCUGUUGGACACGUACGAGUCUCCCACCUCUCUGAUGCUGAUCCUCGAGCUGCUGGAGGACGGCCGUCUGCUCGACUACCUGGUCGCCCACGACGAGCUGAUGGAGGAGAAGGUGGCCUUCUUCGUCAGAGAGACGCUGGAGGCCCUGCAGCACCUUCACACCUGCCGAGUGGCUCACCUGGAUCUAAAGCCCGAGAACAUCCUGGUGGACCUCCGCUCUCCCACGCCGGGCGUCAAGCUCGUCGACCUCGGCGACGCCGUCCAGCUGUCCGCCCACCGCCGCUACGUCCACCUGCUGCUCGGGAACCCGGAGUUCGCCGCGCCGGAGCUGAUCCGCGGGACGCCCGUCUCCGUGGCCACGGACGCGUGGAGCGUCGGCGUGCUGGCCUACGUGGCGCUCAGCGGGGUGUCCCCCUUCCUGGACGAGUCGCCGGAGGAGACCUGCGUCAACAUCUGCCGCCUGGACUUCUGCUUCCCGGACGAAUACUUCCGCCACGUCAGCCAGGCGGCGCGGGACUUUGUGUCCUCGGCGCUGCAGCAGGAUCCCAGGAAGAGGCCGAGCGCCACCUCCUGCCUGCAGCACCCGUGGGUGGGCCGCGGGGGCGCGCACGGGGGGGAGUACUCCAAGACCCCCCUGGACACGACGCGAUUGGCCACGUUUAUCGAGCGAAGGAGACAACUGAACGACGUUCGGCCCGUGACUAACAUCAAAGCGCUGGUGAGCAGCAGCAUGGGCAACACGCUGUGACGCCCCCCCCCCGGGACCCCCCCCCGCCACCACCCACUGUGCAUAUGAAGCUCCAGUGGGGAGGAGAUGAUUGCACCCGAUUUCCUCAUUGAUGAAGGACCUCUGCCCCCGCUGGGCGAAACGUAGAUGAUGUGAAUUCUUUGGCUUCUGUGAUAUUUAGUUUCUGACCCGUAAACCUUCUAGAACCCAAAGAAACGAGCAUUUAGAAAACACACUGUGAGCAGGCGUAACGUCAACAUCUUAGUUUAUAUUUGUAGCUUUUAUUUUUCCAGGGACAGAUGAUAUAUUGGAGGCGAGAGAGCUUUGUGUCACGGAAGUCCUCUUUUUUUUUUCAGGCCUGUUGCUACGCAACAGACAACUCAACGUAUCUGACACAUCUGUCGGGGAGGUUGUAACCGACUGAAACCAGAUGUGUCGGAGAACCGAUGUAGACGCCAAACGUGCAAAAGUUUGGUUUGUCCCCCCAGGUGGUUGUACACGGCUAAACGUCCGCAUUGAUAUUGUCAUCUCCAGUGACCUUUAACCUUUUUAAAGAGUCUUGCCUGUUUCAAAAAGCGAUGUGACGGAUCGUAGCUGAAUCCGAGCAGUUGGUAAACGGGGGUUCGGUCGCCGUUCUUGUCCCUGGUCGACGUCUCCCUAAAGGACGCUUUGCUGUGGACCGUCGGUGCAGAUUGUUGGGGAUCAGGUGGGACGCUUCAUGAGGACGUUUGGGCGGAACAAGCGGCUUUUACUCGGUGUUUAACGUGUGCUGGUGUUCAUGAGGAAACAAUCAUUCGAUCAUUCUUGCCUCUUUUGGGAGAAAUCUUUUCUCCCAAAAAUAUAAAAGUGUCUCCGGCACGGCAGUCAACAAAGAAGGAAAGAAUAACCAGAUUUAAAAAGAAAACAUGAACUCUUUUAAGCUCAACAGCACAUUAACAAGUGGAACAGCGAUUUAAACCACCAACAUUUGAAGGCUUCCUGCAAAAACUGGAUUUGAAAGCGUUGGACUUUGCUAUAAUACGCCUUUAUUUAUGAUGUUUAUUUAUUUUCAGGACAUUCAUUCAGUGAAGUUUGCAUGUUGACCCGGAGCAGCCCGGCCUCCGCUUUAGACGAGUUGCACUGUGCAGCGACGGAGUUUACACCAAAUCACGGACUGAACCGGAAACCCGCGAUGAACUGGGUUAAUAGCUGGAGUGAGAUGCUGCAGGAUCUCCCCCCGGGGGCUCAGGGGCUGCAUGGAGACUGGGACCCUACAAGCUGUUCCUUUCGCUGUUUACAAACAAACGUAGAAUCAUCAGGGAAAACCUGCAUGUGAAAUCAGACAUCAGGUUAGAAAUCGAGUUUCCGUCGGUCUGCCGGCCGCCGUGUGGAGGAAGCGGCCGGUGUGUUUGGGUCCAUUUCUCUUGAUUUCCCACAGAAGAGUCCGUCUGCUGUCUCGUUUCUACUCACGAAUGUACAAAAAAAAAAAUAUAGAAAUGUAGAAUGUGUCCUCUGCUUUCACAAUGCCCCCCCCCCCCUCCUACCCCCCCUCAGCGAGCAUUCAGAGUUCUGCAGCGGUAAGCAUUUAUUUCCGUGCAGCCGGGGGUGCAGGACGGAGCAGACACAAGCCGGUCAGGCCUCUGUCGACCUUUUUGUGUAGUAAAACAACACGUGUGCAGUUCCACAGGAUGAUGUCAUCGUCGAGCAUGGCAGCAAACCCGCCCCACUUCUGAAACGUCUUCAUUAUCUCUCUUAAAACGUGGUUGAAAAUAAACGUGCUGGCGGGUCAACGCUGAUGUUGCUAAAUGUUGAAAGCGUGAGUCUCUUUGUUAACUGAUGGUGUAAUAAAUACUACUCGCAGCUCAGCGCGAAGCCAGUUCACAUGCUGCUGCUUUGGAGCAUUCAUUGCAUUCUAAUGUAUAAACUCUAGAAUAUUAGUUUCCUUUCUGAAAUACGACCUUUUCCAAUUCAGCUCAUUGUUUUUUUACUUAGAAUAAAUUAAUAUUAAUAAUAUUGACUGGAUUUAUGUGUAAACAACCAAUGCAAACAACACAUUCAAACUGAGAAAUGGAGCGUGGAGUCGACGUGGAAGCAUCCCUCCUAAAAGCCGUGAUGAGCGCAUGAAUCUGCAGCCAGACACGCAAAUGGAAUAGAAAUUAAAAAAGGUAUGAAUUUUGUAAGUGCAGCAAGUAAAAGUACUUGUUUCAAUAUAUUUAUUCAGUUAUUUAAAAAUGAAUGCGCGAUCAGUGAACUGUAAUUCACUUAUUGAUCUCAUCCCCCCCAUCAGCCGUUGCUGUGUGAGAGCAGCACGGCUGCUUUGUUACUCUUUGCUAAUAAAGAACCUGCUUGUUUGUCGU